GUCAUUCAUCACUCUCUUACACUUGAAUCAGAACUAAGGAAUCCUAAGGAAAGAAAUGGCACAGAAAGUGGGACCUUUUGGUGGUAACAAAGGAGAUGCAUUCGAUGAUGGUGUUCUUGGUUACACCGGUCUGAAGAAAGUGACUGUUGGUGAAAACGGGAACGGUGUUGAUUGUAUCAAGAUAGAAUACGAGAAAGAUGGAACGUUCGAGACACAAAUGCAUGGAAGCGUUACCGGAAUACUCAAAGAGUUUGAGCUUAACUAUCCAGACGAAUACAUCACAUCAAUUCAAGGAACCUACAGCAAUGUUGCGAGAUACAACACAACGAUCGUGAAGACACUGACCUUCAAGACAUCACACGGCAGAACAUCUCCCAUGUUUGGUAACACGGCUAUUUUCUCGACAGACUUUGUGGUGGAAGGUAAAGCUGGAACAAAGCUUAUAGGGUUCCAUGGAAGGUCUGGCUCUGCUCUCGAUGCCAUAGGAGCUCAAUUUUUCGCGUCGGCUUCUCCUCUAAAGCAUAUAGAACCUCGUGGUGGAUUCGGAGGAAACGCUUGGGAUGAUGGAGUUUAUGAUGGUGUAAGAAAAAUCUCGGUGGGACUAAACUGUGGCAACAUUAGCUAUGCUAGCAAUGGGUUCUUCUUGGGGAGAACUGAGGAAGAUGCAGAGGAGCUGGUUGACAACAUGGUAAAGAGUGAUGCAGUCUACAGUGGAGACCACGACAGAAGCAGUCGAACAGAUGAUAAGCAGACGAGGAAAGAGUUGAAAGCUCUCUACAGGAUAAGAUAGACAUCCUCCUUGCUGAUAAAGCCACACAAGAGCAGCUGCACUUUGUUGGUAACCCAAGCCAAGAGACACCACCUGUUGUCCAUGAGGUUGAGGGUUUGGAAGGUCA